CUCCGAUCGAACCAGCUUGGACCUCACAAUGCUGCCACCUUUCCUACUUGCCAUUUUCUUAGCCACCGGCCUUCAUCCAUGGCCGGAGGCGGAGGCCUUCGCUUCGGCCCUUCUUGCCGUGGACGACGAGACCGCGCUUCAAUUUUCCUCCGACUUCGGCCGCCUCGCGCCCCCCGCCCCUCCCGCCGCCGUCCUGCGCCCCUCCUCCCCCGAUGACAUCGCGGACUUGCUCCGCCUCGCUUCCUCCUCCUCGCGCCCUUUCGCAGUGGCCGCGCGAGGCCACGGGCACUCCAUCCGCGGCCAGGCCCUCGUCCCCGGCGGCGUGGUCGUCGACAUGGCCGCCCUCGGCCGAGGCGGCCACAGCCGGAUCAACGUGUCCGCCUCGCCGGCGUACGUCGACGCCGGCGGCGAGCAAUUGUGGAUCGAUGUCCUGCUCGCGACGCUCGAGCACGGCCUCACGCCGCGCUCGUGGACCGACUAUCUCCACCUCACUGUUGGCGGGACGCUCUCUAACGCCGGCGUCAGCGGCCAAGCCUUCCGCCACGGCCCACAAAUUUCCAACGUCCACGAAGUAGAUAUAAUCACCGGAAGAGGCGAGAUGGUGACGUGCUCGCGCGACGUGAACUCGGAUCUCUUCUACGGCGUUCUCGGCGGACUCGGUCAGCUCGGGAUCAUAACUCGGGCUCGGAUCGCGGUCGAGCCGGCUCCGACUCGGGUCCGAUGGGUGCGCCUCAUCUACACCGACUUCACGGCAUUCAUCGACGACCAGGAAGGCCUGAUCUCGAUCACCGACGGGACGGGGUUCGACUACGUCGAGGGAUCUCUUCUGAUGGACCAGACGACGACCCUGAUCAACAACUGGCGUUCUUCCUUCUUCUCUGGCGACGACUCGGAGAAGAUAAAGAAACUGGCCUCCCAGUUCGGCGGCGCGAUCUACUGCCUGGAAGCAGCUGUUUACUACGACGAACCGGUGACGGACGCAGUGGAUGAGAAACUCGCUUCGUUGCUGAGAAAGCUGCGCUUCGUCUCCGGCUUCGCCUUCGCCGUCGACGCCACCUACCUCGCCUUCCUCGACCGGGUCCGAGAGGGCGAGCUCCGGCUGCGGGAGGUGGGGCUGUGGGACGUGCCCCACCCCUGGCUCAACCUCUUCGUGCCCAAGUCGGCCAUGCACGUGUUCGAAUCCGGAGUAUUUAAGGGGAUCCUGAAGACCAAUAAUUCGCCAGGACCAGUCUUGAUCUACCCCAUGAACAAGAACAAGUGGGACGAGAGGAUGUCGGCUGUGACCCCAAACGAAGAGAUCUUCUACUCGAUAGGGCUGCUGAGGUCCGCCACGUCAGGCGAGUGGCAGGAGCUGGAGAGGCAAAACGAGGAGAUCUUGGGAUUCUGCCAUGAAGUAGGGAUUGAGCUCAAGCAAUACUUGCCGCAUUACACUGAGCAGAGUGACUGGGCCAGGCACUUCGGCCACAAAUGGGACAAGUUUGUCGAGUUGAAGAAGAGAUACGAUCCCAAAGCUAUCUUAUCACCUGGCCAACAGAUUUUCACACCAGAUCAUGCUGAUGGUCAGGACCUGAAUAUCAUUGAUCAUCUCACUGUAAAUUAAUUAUUAAUUACUAAUUUUGACAAUAAUUAAUUAGGUUAUAUAUAUAUUUAUAUAUAUAAAAUAUAUAUGUAUGGGCCAUCAUGUAUGGGAAUGAGGUAGCUGCAGCUGCAGUGUUAAUUAUCUACUUUGAGAAAUUACUGUGGAUCUUAUGUGGUUUAAUUGGUGUGGGUGUUGGACUACAGAAACAGAACAGUGGUAUUAUUGUUGGCAUCACCUAGAUU